UAAUUCUCUAACUCUGUCAUUUUGAGGGUGAAAUUGUCUUUCUUCUGAUGUUCAGGGCAUCUCCAUGACCCAUAGGAUCAGCCCAUGCUCUAGCUUAGCUAGCAGCACAGCGUCGCCCCCUCCUGGCAGCCCCUGCUCUACGUUGCCCGCUGGAGCUCCGGGUAACAUGGGCACCAGAGACUGUGCUUACGGAUCCAUCACGAGUCCCACCUCCACCCUGGAGAGCCGAGACAGCGGUAUUAUAGCAACGCUCACAAGUUACUCAGAGAAUGCCGAGCAUGGAGGUAAACACAGCGAGGGCUCUCGGGGCAGCCUGAAACUCUGGCAGGCACAGAAGUCAAUGGGUGCAGACUCUUUUCUUUAUCGGGUGGAUGAAAACAUGGCCGCCUCCACAUACAGCCUCAACAAAAUCCCAGAGAGGAGUCUGGAACAUUCUGUCUCUCACUCCGCCCACUCCAUCCCCCUCUACCUCAUGCCCCGCCCCAACUCUGUGGCUGUCGCAGGAAAACACGUCCUGUGCUGCAGGAAGCUGAUGUGUGCAGUCCGUGUGCUGCAAUGUCACUAUGACAUCAUCAUCAUCACAGGGUCACCGCGGGGUCAGAGAGCUGAGUGUGUGUCCUUAGAUUUACCCAAAAAGGAGGGAGGAAAAAAAGAGUUAUUCAUAGAGAUUGAGGAAAGAGGGGGAGGGACGGAAAGGAGGAGGAAAGACGCUGGAAUGGAGGAGCUGGAUAUCCUUCACCAUGCCAUCAAUCACACUGGCCUACUGAGGAAGAUAUUAGUGCAGAGAGGAGAGGUGAUUGUGUUCUGGUGCGAGGGGCACCUUCAUCCACCAGCAGCUGAAGGUGACCCUGUCACGGCCUGA